GUGUGAAUUGUUUUUCUUUUGUCAGUUCCUUAAGUUCUAACUACUAGUCAACUGAGUUUUCUCUACCCAGUACACCUAUGCCAUCAUGCUUUCGUCUAAGCGCAAGCUUGAGGAGAGCCAUGGAGAAGACAAUAAAAAGGUGAUAUCACAGCUGUGCCCAUAUCUGGACACCAUCAACCGCCACAUGCUGGACUUUGAUUUUGAGAAGCUGUGCAGUGUGUCCUUAUCACGCAUUAAUGUCUAUGCCUGCCUUGUAUGUGGCAAAUACUUCCAAGGUCGAGGGAACAGCACUCAUGCUUACACCCACAGCGUGUCUGAUGACCACCACGUGUUUCUGAACCUGCAGUCCCUGCGCUUCUACUGCCUUCCCGAUAAUUAUGAAAUUAUUGAUCCAUCACUUGCAGACAUUAUUUAUGUGGUAAAUCCCACAUUUACCAAAGAAUGGAUCAAGAUGCCACAGACAAAGAUGAGCAGAGCUUAUGACAAGUCCUUGUACCUUCCUGGAAUAGUUGGGCUCAACAAUAUUAAAGCCAAUGACUAUUGUAAUGUCGUAUUGCAGGUUUUGUCCAACAUCACGCCACUCCGGGAUUAUUUUCUCUGCCCCGAGAACUACAGCCACAUCAGCCAUCCUCCUGGCAGUGCCAGCCUUGCAAUGUUCCCUCUCAUCACCAGGUUUGGUGAGUUGGUCAGGAAACUGUGGAACCCUCGAAACUUUAAGGCUCACGUAUCGCCGCACGAGAUGCUUCAGGCGGUGGUAACGUGCAGCAAGAAGAGGUUUCAGUUCACAGUGCAGGGCGACGCUAUUCAGUUCCUGUCGUGGAUCUUGAACGCCAUGCACCUUGGCCUUAAGACCAAGGCUGCUAAGGGAACCAUCAUCUCCAAGUGCUUCCGGGGCUCCAUGGUUAUACGCUCCAAAAAACUACUGCCUGUAGACGUGCCGGCCAGUGAGCUGCACAGGCUGCAGCAGCUACCGGAGUAUCAGAUGCGGGAGGAGACGUCCAAGUUCUUCUACUUGACCUGCGACCUGCCGCUGCCUCCGCUGUUUAAGGAUGAAAAACAGGAGAACAUCAUUCCUCAGAUCAACUUACUGCAGCUGCUGAGCAAGUUUGAUGGCAAGACUGAGAAAGAAUAUCAGACCUACAAAGAAAAUCUGGUCAAACUUUUCCAGCUGUCGAGUCUGCCUCCCUUCCUCAUCCUCUACCACAAGAGGUUCACAAAGAACACAUUCUAUGUUGAGAAAAACCCAACCAUCGUCAACUUCCCUGUGCGUAACAUUGAACUUGCUGACUAUCUUACGGAGGAGUUGCGUAUGCGAUUCCCUAACCCCUUGUACGACCUGGUGGCCAACAUCGUACACGACGGACAGCCUGACAACGGCACCUACCGCUGCCACGUGCUGCACAAGGGCACCGGCAAGUGGUACGAGAUGCAAGACCUGCACGUCAAGGAGAUCGAACCUCAGAUGUUGGCGCUGAGCGAGUCAUACAUUCAGAUCUACGAGCUACAGAAGCAAAGCAUCCAGCGGCCUAAGCCGACAUCGCAAGAUGAUGGCGUCGGCAUGGACCUCUCGCCCUAGCUUGUAUUGAUGAUCUCAUCCAUUUUAUAUUAUUGGCCUCGGUUUAACACCAUUUUCAGUAGUGGAGCCAUAUUGUGAAACGUUAUUCCCGAUCCAGCUCCCUUAACCCAUGCAAGUUUUUAGUUAUCCAAAUAAUGCAAAUUAUUAUUUCUUAUCUUAAAUAGUCUUAUCCAAAUAAUCAAAUUAUACGAUCGAUAAUACUGUGGAAGUUGCUGCCUUCGGAUCCUCAAAAAUGUGCUAGAAUAUUUUUAUACGUUUUAUUCUUAUUCUGAUCCUCAAACUUAACUUUGAAUAGAUAAUAAAUUAUUGUUAUUGAUA